UCAUUGUCAAUAUAAUGGUAGCACCCAGUGGAUUACUAUUAUGUUUUGCUAAGUUAAUAACUAGUUUUAACUGAAUGACUAAGAAAAAUACCGCCUUGUUUGGAUUCGUCAUGUCGGUUUUUCAAUACGAACAUAAAAUGAAGCUGUAUUAUCAAUAACAAAGUUCGAGAUAACUCGAUGACCUGCUUAUUGCUACAAUUAUUUCCAUGGUAAAUUCAUGAGAGAAACAUCAGUCUGUGACGGCCUGCGGAAUAUUGCGCAUCUGGCACUAGUGAAAGUAAUCAUGAUCAAUCGAGUAGGUUUGGUAGGCAUCUUGGUACUAUGCGCCAGUGUAUUGGGGCUUGCUGGGAAAUUACAAAAUAAAAUUCACGAGUUUCAACAAUUUCACGAUGGACAUAAAACUGAAGCAUUUAAUGGUCAACUUUCAAGCCCAGUGGACAACCCACAGGAUCAGAUGAUGGCUGCUGCAUGGUCACAACAGGAUACAAAUGAAAUUAAUGCUUUUGCAGAAAUGUUACGUCAGCAGUACAACCAAAUGAUUCAACCACACAGUUCCUCCAAAGCCACCCGUCAGCCGUUAACAUAUUCAUUUUUUGAUCUACCGAAUGGCUAUACUUGGAAUAACUUCUUUAACAUUCAACUACAACAUCGAGCUAAAGAAAUAUCUCAACAGGUGAUUCAAAACAUACAGCUAGGUACUCUGACGGAAAACGAUGUAACGAAUCCGUACUUUUUCGUUCAUCAAGCAGCAAAUGAACUGAAUAAGAUAUAUGCUAAUGAGAAUCAUGGAAUGAAUCAACAGCAACACCAGGUCUUUUCUCAGAAUUUUGGGCAUGAUCAGGAGCAGCUUGAAUAUCAAACGGCAUUUAUCCAAGAAAAUCAUCCGGGCGAGUACGUAAAUCUACAUGAACAAGUUCCGCCGACCGCUUAUAUGGAGACAUAUAGUGUACCUUCUGAUAUGGUCAAGAUAUACAACCCCAUUUCGGGGCAAUUCGAGUACUAUUUGAUCAAACAUGCUGAACAAGAUAACAAUCACGAACAAUCUAUUCAGCAAUUAACGAAUGCAGCACAAUCAAGAACGGAGAAUCAUCAAGUGUCUUCAGUUUACUUUGAUAAGGAAUAUUCAGGAAACAAUGAACGAGAUUUCCAGGAAAAUGAUCAUCUUAAGCCGGUAUUACGUAGAAAUGACCCUGCUGAAAAAUUUGUUGAAAUUGAACCGAAAAUUACCACGACACCAGCCAAUGGAAAAACAUUAGGUGAAAAUUAUUAUGCUAACACUUACGAACAGCAACCUAUCUAUGACAUGCAAUUAAUCGAAAACAAAACUGAUUCUGCUGUGAAGCGUGCGAAUGUUAUGUCGUUGGUUCGGCAAAGAACCACAAAAAAUACACAAACAUUACCAGAUUUAGCUAUUUUAUCGUCCAGUACUUCUACCACAACCACCACGGAGGCCACAACAGUUAGUAAUGUCAUGUCAAUGCUUCCCCAUAAGACCCAGACCAUCAAUUAUACCGACGCUAAUAAUAGAAUUCGCCAAGAAUUAGCAGAACACUUGAAAAAUCUAAACGAAACUGCACAAGAAGAAACACAUUUUAUGGGAAUGACUAGUAACGUGGAGCAUGCAAAACUGUCUUAUGAUACGAUCGACGAUGUUCUUCGAGGUGAUCAACCAUCCUCCGAUGGUCCAGAUUUUGUAUCGGAAGAAGUUAUCGAAUCUGAGCCCGGAAUUGGUGUCUAUUCAAUAAAUAAAAAACCAUCGUUGUCAGUAGAACCAUCUAAUACAAAUGCUGCAACUUCCUACAACCAGCCGACUCCCAGUUCUCUUUCACCAUAUUCUUCUACGCCACAACCAACGUUUGUAGGAAAACAGAAUUUACCCUACAAUGCUGCAACUUACUACAAUCAGCCGACUCUCAGUUCUCUUUCGCCACAUUCUUCUACGCCACAACCAACGUUUGUAGGAAAACAGAAUUUGCCCUACAAUGCCAUACUAGCAGACAUACCGACGACAACUAGACGAUUGCCAAAUGCAAACUAUUUUGCACCUUUAGCAGAGUUUCCUCCACAAAUGCACGAUAUCUCGACAGACGCUCGCGCGUCACAACAGGUUACACGUUAUUCAAAUUUUUCAGAAAUAAAUGAAUUUAACCAGGAAACACUGCAAAUUGAGGACUCCACAGAUAUGCAGCAUUAUGAAGAUUUGGAACAGUUCGAAGACGCGCAAACUGAAGACAUACAACAAUCUUACGUUGAUGUAGGUAACGAAUGGAGCGAGCUACAACAAUCUGAACCGAAAAAUUCUCCGUUGGCACAGGUCUUCCCAAGUCAGGCGAACCGAAUAACACAACUGACAAAUGAAAGCAAAGAUGAAAUAUCAACAAAUGUCUACGAAAUUACAACAUCGACACCGACUUCCAAUAAACCUAAAAAGAAAUGGCUCCAACGUUGGUUCGGUUAAAUUAAAAAUAUUUAGUGAUAACAUGGAACUGGUUUAAUUAUGUUUGUUGUUUUCCAUUGUAAUUGUUAUUUAUGGCUUUAAUUGACACAUUAUAUUAAGAAAAAUAAAAAAAAAAUCAU